UGAUUGUUCUGUAAAAUCUAUAAUAACUUAUACCCAAUUUCCUUUUAGCUCCAUAAUGAGUAUAAGUAAUUGUUAGUUCAGCCGUUAUUAAGUAAACAAAAAUUGACUGUACACUUACGAAGAUCAUUUCUGAUGAUCACAUACAGUUAAAUCACCUCAAUCACAACAAACAACAUUUGAAACCUACGAACUAGUCACUGGACUUUCGUUCUUGUAGUGCAGCUUCCGAUAUACCUAGUCAAGUGUCUGGAAUAUAAAUUCCAAGCUAAAGAAAUCCUUACUGCAUAUAUUAUUGUCUUUGAUAACGAUAGGUGAACAUGCAAUGUAGGAGGUCAAUCUACUAAUCUGAUUAGACAGAACAUUGAUGGCUUUCCACAUUUUAUAGAAGUUUGCGUUGCAAGUGUGAUACCGGCGGGGAUAAAAAUAACUGUUGAUGUAACUAACUUAUUCACAACACCUCUUGACGUAGUUGAUCUGGUGACGGGAGGACUUCUGUUUUGGAAAAACUGAUUUGUAAGCUUGUAUUAAAUGCACACUUUAAUAUCGAGUAAAAAUUCUCAGUCUACUUGCUAACAUUGAGAAAUUAAAUGGAAUACACCCAGCCUCCAUUUCCACAGCACUCAACGCUUCAGUGUAAAUGUACAUGACUGAUUACUAAACAUUUAAAUAUAAACUCAAUAAUAGAAACGAACGGCUCGGUGGUAAUAAUGACUACGGUUUGUGUAGGGUCGGGAUUUGAUUAUUCUCACCUCUCUAAUUUGUGUGGUCAAGCCAGGGUCAGCGUUUGGUGUUAUUAUGUUAUAAGGCCUAACAUUAGCAUACUUCGAGUGAUGGAUUCUUUCUGGAAAUCAUAAACAACGAGAUAAGUUUCCGAUGUUGUAAGUGUUUACAAACAGGACUGCUUCGAUAACGUAGACAAUCUUUAAUUGUGAAUCCGUAUAUUACCUUUCAAGAACCGUUGACUCAUUUGUUUAUCGUCAAACGACAUUUUAACUCAAGUAUGUUAGUAGUAUUAUGUAGCGGGAUCUGCAACAAGCAGAUUUUUUUAUGGUGACUGGUAGACGACUAGUUUUCUAAGGGAAUGAGGUCUGCGAAACGACGAGAUUUCAAUUACGAGUAGUACGAAAAAGAGCAUCUUUCCAGUAAGAACUUGACAUGUUUUCCUAAAGUUUUGGAACGUUUCAGGAUUUCCUCAAAGUUUUCGUUAGCAUACAUUGUGAUGACAAAUUGCCAAUGAACCUCUUAGUCCACGGAGUUGGAUAUUGCCUCUAUUAUUGGAAAUCAAUAAUUUUAGAUAUAUUCCAAAAACAGACAUAUCUGAAACUAACCUUGGUUUACUAAUCGCGAACCUCAUUUAAGCAGCACAAUUUUUGAGGCUUACUUCUUAGACUCUAUAUUAAUCAAACGGAUUCCUUUAUGAUUAUCACAGGAUGUUUGUUUUUUGUUAUAAACUGGAACGAUUAGUCAUCAAGACCGGUCGAAUGAGAUUACUUUCAGUUCCUAGACUGUAGCUAUUGUUUCAGUAAACCUAAUCACUGAGACGGAGUCGCCAUCUUUCAUGACAUCCAGUCGGCACCACCAUUUAUACUCACUACAGAUUAGGUAUAACAUUUUCAAAUUUAUGAUUCGGUGCUUCUAAAAAUACAUUUAUUGCGAUUUUAAUUGUUCUAAUCGACAAGCUGAAUACUGAGAAGUAUUUGUUUCUUAAACCAGUUAUUUUUAAAGGUGGUGAAUGCAGCACUUAAGUCCUCAAAUAUCCCUAUUUUCUUUCAGCUAACCAUUUUAUGUUAAACAAAAAUGUCCACGAAGAAAGAUUGGUUACCAAAACGUAUUUGUGUUCCGCGUAAGAGUGUUUCAAUUAAUGACUCUUCAUCUUGGAUCUGUUCUUUCGGUCCUACAAAUAGUUUACGACCUAAACGGUCAUUCAGCCGUGUUGCACCCGAUUCGAGGAUCGUAAUCAAUACAAAAAGUCAAGAAGAUGAAGGUUGCAUAAAUAUUUCGCCGACGUCAUCGCCAGAGGGAGAGACCUUUGAGUUAGGCCAUCAACUAUUAAGUAUCGAAAAUUUAGAUGAACCCCUUUCAUCGAAUGAGUCCCCGCAGCUCCAGAAUUUGAUUUCCGGUAACUGUUCGUCUUCAGUUUCCUCUCAAAAUGAAAAUGCUGUAAUUUGUGAGUAUUCUCAGCCAAGUUCUGUGACUGAAGUUGUCAAUCAGAAUGAAUUCACAAAUCUCGAUGAAUCUAACUUUGAUUCCUUAUGUUAUCUUACUGAGUUGCAACGAGAUUGUUCAGAGCUUCCUUAUACAAAUCUAACUGUCAAAUCUCUUCCUCGUCGAAUAUCUUCGAAUAGUAUAUUGCGAAAACUCCACUAUUUGGUCAAACGUAACUCUUCACAACGUUCUAUCUGGUUGCAUCAACGUUCAACUCAAAAUAUCCUUGAUUCUACUAAGCAUGCUUCGAAAACUUUUCAAAUUCUUAGAGUAUUUCGUAAUUAUUCAGAUAGUUUGCCUGGAUUAGUAGCAUUCGGUGUGCGUGAAGUUGUAACACCUUUAGAAAAUAAAACUGAAAUAUCUAAUGCUAAUGAAAAUGUAUCAAACAAAUUCGCGAUCCUCCUUCUACCUAUUUCUGGUGUCCCUUUUGUUACAGAAGAGUUGUUUUCAUCCGCUGCAACAAAUUUCGUUUUAGGCAAUGAUUUAAAAUGUGGCGAUCUUGUUAUGGUAUUUAGUCCAUGGUCAACAUAUCCUUCUCAUGAAUUCAAUAGUUUGCCUGUGAUGUAUUCAUUCUUCUGGGUUGAACGUUUAAGACAUGAAGUUUUAAGUGAUGUAGAAAAUGAUUUUCCUAAUUCCCAGAUAAUCCCUCAUAAACCUGAACUAAUUACUUGUUCAUGUUUAAUAUCAUGUGAUCCAUUUAUUGUUUUGAAUUGUCCAAAACGUUUUAAAGGAUUAGGAGAACCAAAGUCAUCUGUCAUUCAAACGUUUCAGGAUUCUUCCGAAAAUAUGUUGACAGAAAUAUUUAAUAGGAAGUGUUUUUUAAUCUUGGGUUGCUAUCGAUUUUGGUUACUGAAGAAAUUAAGAUAUAUUCUAUUAGUUUGGCAUUACAACGAUUGUCCUGGACUAAUUCUUCUACCAGAUCAGCUAGUUCAUUCGGGUAACCUCAAUAAUCCUGUUGUUUCUUAUCAAGAUUUUCAUAUUGGAAAUGUGUACACAUCUGAGUCACUUUUACAACUUCCUGAUAAUCAGUUGCAGGCUAAUGUUCAAAGGGAAAUACAUAAUCACUUAGAUGAAAUUAAACAUAGUUUGGAAUCGAAAUAUGUCAAUAGUUUAAAUCAUUUCAUCCAUGGUUCAACUAAUCCCCAUAUUUCUAUCAGUGAAAAUACAUCCAUAGAGUGUUCAAACUGUCCAAUCAAGUUAUGGGAUGCUCGUGCAUCUCAUUUCAGUUUGGUAGAGUCAAAUUAUAUUCACUUCAAUUUGUCAACUCCAUACAAAAGUAAUCUGGGUAACUAUACGCGCUGUUCGAUCAGUGGUUACUUAGUAUUUGAGCCAGCAGAAGGUUCACUUGUCAAAGAUGUUAUUUUCGAUUUGUAUAAUCAUGAAAGUAAAAAAUUGAAAUGUUCUUUAAAAAAUCUAAAUAUAUUUACUAAUGAACAAAAAUCUACACGAACAUUUUACUUAUGGAUUUCUGAAUCUGUUACAUCGACAUUAAUUCCAUGUAUUUGUUUAGUCGAUGUUACUUCACCUAUAGAGUUAAUUUACGAACAAUUAUUUGCUAUCUCUUCAACAUCAAAUUUUUUAUCUACUACUGGAUUUGGUGUUUAUAUAAUCAUUGAUCAAGGAUUAUUUUUUGAUAGUUUCAUUCUUCUAGAUCGUUUUACGUCACUUAAGACUGAGAAUUACUCUCAACAUUCUUCAUCGAUGUAUGCUUUAAAAAAUUCUCUCUUCAAACAGAUUUGUUCCAACUAUAUUUUAUUACAGUCACUUGAAGAUGUGAAUAAGUUACGUGUUCAUCAAAUUGUUAGUUUUUCAGGUACAUUGAUCCAUGUAGAUACAAGUCGAUCACAUGUUUGGUCUAUUUGUCCUUACUGUGCAUGCGCUGAUUUUGAAAUAUAUUCUGGUGUUGAUAAUAAAGUCAAAUAUUUUUCUAAACAAGAAAAUUUGAAAUGUGUCCGAUGUUUAGCGCUUUUAUCAAAUCCUCUUGAACGAUUGGAAACAGAAGUACAAGUUUUAAUUAAUUUUGACAACGAUCAGUCCACUGUUAAUAAAUUGAAAAGACAUAAAUCGUCUGUAGAAUUGACACUAAAUAUGGCCUCUUGGAGACUUUGCAAACUACUCAAUGUAACACAAUCAAAUUUGUUGAAGGUAUCCUAUUGAUAUAUCUUAUUUGCUUCUAAUAAUUUAUACAGAUGUCAGCUAAUAGUAAAUAGUUAAUUAAUAUUGAGUAAUCGACAAGCAUUGCUGACGAUCCUUGUCACACAGAUAUAUAUAUCAACCUCAAGAAAGACAAUAUCUUUCUUAAAGUUUAAAACCUACAUCGCUUAUCAUUUCAGCCCAUUGAUUCACAUAGUCACAUCAGGUCACGAGUUCAAUUGAUUCAAGGAUCGGGCCUCAAUGCACAAAAGUUAGUAAAUUGUCAUUUAGACAAUGUAAUUGGAAUAGUUGUGCAUAUACCAAACAAAGUGUUUACAGUUGAUAAUGUACAAAAAUACAGUGGUUAUUUGAGAAAUAUUUAUGUUAUCGAACUAGAUCAAAUGGGUAAUGGCAAAUAAAUGCUGUAACUACUUACAAUGGCUUUAUAAAUCACAAUCGUUAUUAGUGUUGGCUUUUCAAGUCCAGUUAAUUACCAUAUGUGAUACAUCGUCUAUAUUUGUCUCGUGAUUUAUUUCUAUCAUUCAAGCCACAGGAACAGAGAAUAAAAGAUAAACAUAUACAAACAAUUUUCCAUCAUUUGUAAAUACCUUUUUAAUUUUGUAAAUUUUUUUACAGAAUAUUAUUUUGUGCAAAAAUACAAGUUGUUUGUGCGUUUUCAA